AUGGACUUCCCCGACCCCAAGAGGCGAGCCGUGGCGGCGGCGGCCGGCCUCCCUGACGAAGCCCUCAAGGAGAUCUUCUCGCGCCUCCCCAUCAAGCCCCUGUGCCGAUCCAAGUGCGUCGCCAAGGCCUGGCGCGACCUCAUCGCCGACCCCCUCCACCGCAGGAAGCUGCACCAAACCCUAGCGGGGUUCUUCUACGGCAGCGGCGGGCGCACGGCCUGCUGGCCGCGCCAGCGCCAGGAGUACGUGAAUUUCAUCAACCUAAUGUGGACAUCCACUGCGCCGCUCGCCGACCCGCCAUUCCCCUUCCUGGAGGACCUUCCCUACAUCGAGAAUGUCCGUCUCCUGGGUUCCUGCGACAGGCUCCUCCUCUUCGAUUACGUUUCCACAUCGCUGGAUCUAGGCUUCGUCGUGUGCAACCCCGCCACGAAGCAGUCGGUGGCCGUGCCGGGCAAAUGUCUAGAGGCUGAUGAUGAUGAUAACACGGAUCUUGUCAGUGCAAAAGGGUGGAGCUAUGAACUGUGCAUCUGGGUUCUUGAGGACUAUGAUACACAACAAUGGGUCCUGAAGCACACAGCAUCACUAGUGAAGGAUUAG